GUGUUUAUAUGAAGAAUGUGUGUAAGAGCCUAUUCAAACCAUGCUAGUACUGUCUGUUUGAUUGCAGGGUUGGCAGCAGGUCAGAUGUACACCUACCCAGCACGUUGCUGGAGAAAGAAGAGGCGACUUCACCCACCACUUGACCCCCAGCUUCGCCUUUGUGAACUCCGACUCGAGGCAGAGCUGAUGGCCAAGAGAGAAGCCCCGGCGACGGAGGCCACGGCCCUGGAAGCACUGUUACGAGGUGAUGGGAUCUUGGACAAGAGGAACAAUAACUCCAAAGAGGAAGAGACACUACUGGAAAUCCAGAGGGUGCUUGAGGCAGAUGAAAAUGGUGAUGGUUUCCAUGACGAUGAAGAUUUUGAAGUGGACACACCGAAGAGGAAGCAUCGAAACAAAGGCAGGGGUCGAGGCUCUGCACGCAGGCGAACAGAGGCAGUGGCCAACGACGAUCAGGAUAAACCCUACGUGUGUGACAACAGAUACAAACAAAAGCAUAACUCAAAAACCGCUGACUCAGUUUGUGGGAAACGUUACAAAAACCGUCCUGGACUAAGUUACCAUUACACCCAUACUCACCUUGCUGAAGAGGAGGGUGAGGAAGAACGUGAAACUGAAAUCCCCCAAUCUCCUCCUAUCCGCCAUGAGAACCAUAAACCACAGAAAGGGCCUGAUGGCACGAUCAUCCCUAAUGACUACUGUGACUUCUGUCUGGGAGACUCAGGCUCUAAUAGGAAGACAGGCCAGUCUGAGGAAAUGGUUUCCUGUUCAGACUGCGGCCGUUCUGGCCAUCCUUCAUGUCUGCAGUUCACAGACAACAUGAUGCAGGCCGUUGGAACGUACAAGUGGCAGUGCAUCGAGUGUAAAUCCUGCAGUCUGUGUGGCACCUCAGAGAACGAUGAUCAGCUUCUGUUCUGUGAUGACUGUGAUCGGGGAUACCACAUGUACUGCCUUAAGCCUCCCAUGACACAGCCACCCGAGGGAAGUUGGAGUUGUCAUCUGUGUCUCGGUCUGCUGAAAGAUAAGGCAUCUGGUUUGGGAGAGCCCUAGGCUUUGAGGAGGUUCUGCACAGUCACACACAGACACGCACAGUUGACUCAGGAUAGACGUUUGUCUUGGUUUUGCUCUGUAGAUCUCCUCCUGUAGUAGUGUGAAGUUGAGUCUUCCUCUACCUUCAUGUUACAAACAUUUUCCUCAAGCAAGUCUGGGCAGUCGGUAGUCUACCUCGCAUCCUGCUCACUAGCAAACCCAAAGGCAGGUUUGAGUCCAGAUUGUCAGAUUACCUAGAAACAUGAGUCUAAUAUAUAUUACAAAAAUUACUUAGUUAAAUAGCAACACCAGCACAAUAACUGUAAUAUUACACUUAAAUGAAGUGAUAAUCAACUUCAUAUACACACAGAAGCUUUUGAGUUUUGAUUCUAAGCUAUUAUUUCUUUGAAAUUAUGAUGGACAAAGCCAGUUCUAACAAAUAACAAACCAGUAUACGUUAUUUGCCAUUUAUACUGUAAGUCUUUAAUAAAAAUCAACAUAAACUUAUUUGGAGACACACACCAGCUGUAUGAAGCAAAACCAUUUUCAUUUUAGUUCAUGUUUUCAAUGUGUCUGUGAUGUCUGUAAGAUCAUAUGAUUUCUUGCAAGAUAUUUUUGGCUCAUAACCUGUUUGAUGUAUAGAGGAUGAAUGUGAUUAGAAGCUCAUCUUUCUUACUGGGAUCCUCAUUCAGGUAGACAUUUAGAGCUUAGUAUCUGAAAGCAAUCUUUAAACUAAAUGGCAAAAAAAUACCUUUUCCAUGUAUUGAAGCAGCACUUAGCUUUGACUUCAGGACUGGAAAAUAAUGCUGUCAAGUGUUUUUUAUUUGUAAUUUUAUAUAUAUAAUUAAGCAGACAAUCGUUUGGUUGGUAAAUUACAUGAUAGCCAUCAAAUUCAAAUACACCUAUAAUGCUUUUCUUGUUUUACUUUUUCCAGCCUGCUUUUACAAGACUGUUUAAUAUUUCAUUACAUUUUGUGGGACAAACUGUAUCUUUGCUGCUGGAACAUUCCAGUUUUGUGUGUUGCCCUUCAUACCUCUCUGAGUGAAACAUCUGUUCACUCCAUUUUGUAUUUCUUUGCUCGUGAUAUAUUAGCAUUACUAUUUCCAUCUGGCCAUUCUCUCAUGUCAUUCCCACCUCCUUCACCUGUAUAAUACAGUAGAGGCUCUAUUUUCAGAGCCACUUCAUCAAUGCUCUCCAGAUCUAGCGAUCUGUUGAAUAUUUUAGCUAUGCAUUUUUAUCUGUUUUAAAUGUCAUUUACAUUACAUUUAUAUUUGUUUUUCGGUUUAAGAAAUGUAUUAAAGGUUGCAAAAUCAAACUACUUUUGAUGAUGUUUAGAUUCUAUUCAUCUAACCAUAGUUAGGCCUUUGGAGCAAAGAAAAAAUGAUGGAAAACAAAAACUGAAAGUUGAUACAUUAUGACUUUUGCACUUAAAAUAGUUAACCCAUUCUAAAUCUAAACCUUAGUUUAUUUUUUUUUUUUUAAUUUUUUGUUCAGACUUUAAACCUGAAAACCUGUUUAUUUAGACUCCUCAUUUGUAAACUGGGUUAACAAUCUUUUUUUGGGGGGAUAUUACUCGAUAUUGACUGGAGGAACACAGGGAGGGCUUUGUUUAAAUAUCACCUCGUCUCGUUCCGGAAUAAAAUGUAAGAAUAAUUUGGUCUAUUCUGCAGUGUUAUUAAGGCAUUUUCCCUCAGACGAGUUUCUGUGACUUUGUGACUAAACUCACAAAUAUUUAAUGAAGCAGGCGCUAUACAUGGUUGACUGGUUAUUUUUGGCUAAAAAAAAAAGCGCAGCAGUCAAAAUAAAAAUGGGCAGUGAUGGGAAUAACGGCGUUAUAAAUAACGGCGUUACUAACGGCAUUACUUUUUCCAGUAACGAGUAAUCUAAUUGAUUACUCUUCUCAUCUUAAUAACGCCGUUACCGUUACUGCCAAAAAAUGCGGCGCGUUACUAUAACUGAUGAUGAAGCUGUUUUUUUUUUUCAUCAGACCAACUAGAUCUCUGAGCGAGAGGCAAAUACUUUUUUUACUGUUCUUCCUUGGUUAGUGGGCAGAGCACGAGACAAGCGCAUAAAUGCUGACGAUUGGCUGAGGUAGAGUAAAAUUUCAUUGUAAGCCAAUCAGAGGUAGAGUUGGGCGGGUUUUCGAAAGCACGCAUAGUAGUGAUGGGAAUUCGGCUCUUUUGACUCAGCUCACUGAAAAGAGCCGGCUCUUUGGCUCACAAACGGCUCUUUAAAUGACUUUGACUAUAAUAUUUCAAUUUUUAUUACAUAAUUAUUUAAUUUCUAUAGGCUAAAUUUGAAAAAAUAGAGUUGGCUCUUCAGAUAUGCGAGCCAGCUCCCGAAGUUCAACUAAAAAAGCCGGCUCCUAGAGUCGGCUCAUUCGCGAAUCGCGAACGACUCAUCAAAAGCUCAUUCGCGAACGAGUCGAUCCAUCAUCACUAACGCUCAUUCGCGAACGACCCAUCAUCGGACAGGACAGGACACACAACGAACAACACAAGCCAGUCAGUCAACCAGAGACAGGUAUGGCGACGAGCCCAAAUAAUCCAAAAGUAGCCUUCUCUAAAUGGAAGUAUAUACAUUACCUUUUCCUUCAAGAAAUUAAAGAAACAAUAAAAGGAAAUAUCAAAAGUUCCCAAAAAUCUAUCGUGUUAUUUGCAUUGAUCCACUAUAUAAACAUAAUAUCUACAUACAUGCCAUUUGAUUGGAGGCUAGUCUCACUUUGUCCCACAGCAACUUUUUUUUUAGAUGUGUGUACAAUGUUUCAUGUUUCUGUUAAUAAUGUAUUGUAUUAAGUGUCCAUUUCAUUAUAAUAUUCAGAUUUAUCAUAAAUAAUUGAACAUGCACAUGUAUUUUAAGUUCCUUUAAAGAGGGGUAGAGGUGGGGUCACGUUUGAGCAUUUAAAAUGUAAUUUUACUUGAAAGUAACGCAAUAGUUACUUUCUUAAGUAACUAGUUACUUUAAAAAUUUGUAACUGAGUUACUAAUUUAGUUACUUUUUGGAAGAAGUAACUAGUAACUGUAACUAAUUACUUUUUAAAAGUAACUUGCCCAACACUGAAAAUGGGGGACUGACUUUUAAUGAUUUUAACUUAUAAACUGCUAAAAAAGAUCUACUGUGAGGUUGUUAAUUGAUGGCAUUUGGUGGUAUGUUGUUAACCUCGUGUACCAGCCAUGGACAGGUACCCGCAUAUACGAGAUGCCUUUGUCAUUUAGUAACGGAGUUCCUAGUGAAAACUACAUUACCCAUAAUUCUUUCACCAGAAAUUUCCACCAGAGAAUCGCAACGUGAAAAUUGCACCAAAAGACACCUUACAUAGAUUUAUGAUUUUAAAUUUGACUCACGAUUGUAGAUCUUGUUCUCAUGAAAGCUGUCUUGUACUUUUGUCUAUUUAUUUGAUUUUCAAAUAUUUUUUUUAUUCAAAUUAAAGUUUGGAAUGUUCUGAAUCAACUGAUUCAGCUUCGAAUUCUUUAACGAGAACUAAAAAUCCCCAUAGGAAAAAUACCUAAAACGGCUAAAUCUCUUAAAGUAAAUUUAUUAAGUAAAAGUUUAAUACUUGUCAUUGACUGGGGUUAAAAGAAGGUAUAAAAAGAUGAUAACCCAGGGUUAAACUAAACAGCUCCAUUAUACCAACAAAAGCGUCUUAAAAAAUUAAUUUAUUCAAGUAGAAAAAUAUUUUUCAAUGUGAAGUACUGUAUAGUCAGCCCAAUUUAUCUGUUAUCUGUCUGUUACAAUGUCAUUUGUUGUAUAUAAUCAUCUGUAAUUCAAACACAAAUGUUGACUUUUUAAUCCUUUGCGAUCCGGAAUGCUUUUGUACUUGUUUUUUAUUAUUAUUAUUAUUAUUAUUUCUCGUCUUUUCCUUUUUAUCCUUGCUGUAAUGUAAAAUGUAAUAAAUAAAUAAAUAAUAAAAGUUGAAA